AUGUCCAAUCCUCAGGCUUCCAGGCGAAAUGGGAUUCGCCCAUCGCAGUAUACAUUCGGUAUCCAGGCAUUACCCCUCUUGGUGAGCGGCGUUUACACAUUGGUAUGCCCUGGCGUCGCUGCCAAGUUCCCUAAUUCGCCCAUGCAGGGUCUUGGGAAUGGGACCAUUCAGGCUCUGAGCUUGACCUCCAUCUCCCUGGGUACUUUCUAUGGUCUGGCGGCAUAUCAAAACAAUAUCCCCAUGAUGCUGACGGCUAUUCCUGGGCGGCUCCUCGCCAUGUUUGUUUUCCACCGCGCAGGUGGGGGCUGGAAAGACGUAGCACCGUUCGAAGGAGCCAUGGCGCUACUUACUGCGAUAGGGCUGUACUGGUCUUGGGCCACAGAGCAACCGGUGACAGAGAAGGAGGAAUGA